CAGGCCUCGCGUCGGUGGUCUUCGACAAGGCUCUACGAACACCUGCCGGGAGUGUGAAGACGGAGCAGCAGAAGGAAGUUGACGAUGAAGAGCCAGACCCCAUGGGCCAGCACAAGCCCAACUUGGUUCAGAUCCUCAAUGUGGACAUUGUGGAUACCUGGGGCGGCCUCCUGGCGGAUGUCCUGAGCACAGUCACAGCUCCGUUUGCCGCCAUUGGGCUGCUGGUGAUGAUGAUCCACCAGAUUGGCGACUCCUCAGCUACCGUUGGGGCAUGCUAUGUGCUGCCAGUACUACUUCUCACCGUGCUUGCCACAACGGUUGCCAUGAAAUUCUGGAGGGUCUACCAAGUUUGGCUAGACAAGCGAAUGAAGUGGCUGACAGAGACGCUGAUCUCAAUCCGAACCAUCAAAGCCCUUGCCUGGGAACGGCUCUCCUAUGAUAAACUUAGCCAGGCGCGGGAGGGCGAAAUUACCCAAGCCAAGUACAUGCUGGCGAUCACUGGCUUCAUGACUGCCCUCCAACACACUGUGCCCUGGGGCGUGCUCCUGAUUACAGUUUGGUUCGCCGAGAGACAAGGCAGUAUCCCGGCGCAUCGCAUCAUGAUCCUGCAGCGCCUCAUCGGCGCCUUGUUGGGCAAUGUCUCGCAGGUGACCAACGGCAUCACGCGGCUGAUGACGGUACCCAAUAGCUUCAACCGAAUCAAGCGAUUUUUGGCCCAGCCCGAUCGACCGAAGGAUGUGGUGCGCCCACCGGCGCUCCAGACGCCCAACGCGCCGGCGCUGCGGGUCACAGGGAGCUUCACUUUCGGAGGAAAGAAACCCGCACUGAAGCAGCUGGAUGUGGCCAUCCCAAAGGGAGAGCUCGUGGGUGUCAUCGGCCGAGUCGGCUCGGGGAAGACCACCUUCUUGCAGACCAUCAUUGGGGAGCUGUAUCCCUUGGAGCACAGUUUUGUGGAGGCUCCCGACACCGUUUCGGGUCAUGUCGCCUACUGCUCCCAAGUCCCCUGGAUCUUCGAGGGUACUCUUCGGGAGAACAUCAUUACAAAAUCUGCGAUGCAUCAAGAACGCUACUACAGCUGCAUCUAUGCUGCCGGCUUGGCUCCUGACCUUCAGAUUCUGCCGGGAGGAGAUCAGGUGACCAUUGGCUCCUUUGGCAUCCGCUUGUCGGGCGGUCAGCGAGCUCGUGUGGCGCUGGCACGGGCCGCCUACAUGGAGGCGGCUUCAUUGGUUCUGAUGGAUGACCCUUUUGCAGCCGUGGACGGCCCAACAGGCAACCAUAUUUUCAAUGAGUUGAUCUUGGGUUCACCACUGCGUGGCCGGACCCGCAUUGUCGUGACGCAGCCGGAGAAAUCGCGGCUGCAACACUUUGAUCGACUGCUGCUCUUCGAAGACGGUUGUAUCGUGGAGAUGGGCCCUCCUGCAGAAGUCAUGGAAAGCGAAGCCUUCCGGCGCAUUGAAAGCCAGGUAGAGGAGACAGCCUCUGUUGGUGAUGUGGCAGUGUCUAGAAACGUAGGCCGUGUUGAAGAUGCCAUGACCAUGGUGAAGCAGGCCAAUGAAGCAGGUAGCCUCCUACGAGAGGAGGAAGUCAGAGAAGACAUCACCUGGAGAACCAUUUGGUGGUGGGCCAGAACUGCAGGUUGGGUCAAUCUCUUUGUCCUGAUCUGCUCCGUUUUCCUCCAAUCCAUCGUGGAGAUGCGCGAAUCAUUGGUGCUGGCGGUGUGGAUUGAUGCCAAGGUAGCAUAUCCUGAUGCCAGCGACGGUGUUUUCAUGACUCGACUGAUUGUGGUGGUGCUGUGCUGCUGCGCCGCCAUUUGCAUUUGCUUUCUGGCAGUGUCCACCACCACCCUGGGAGCAGCCAGGUCCAUCCACAAUCAAGUGAUGUCGUGCUUGCUGAAGGCUCCAGUUGACAGAUUCUUUGACAAGCAACCGGUGGGCCGGCUGAUCAACCGCAUGUCCUUUGACAUGAAGCAGGUGGACGAAACAUUUGUGCAAACAAUCUUCGGGAUGUGUUCAAUGUUGGCCACCAUGUUGACCACGAAUCUCUUUAUUCUGUGGGUGAUGCCCCGAUCGGUUGCGUUCCUCUCAGUCCCCAUCUAUGCGAUGACGUUUUACUUUGUGUAUUUGUACCGUGGCAUUGCUGUACCCCUUGUGUUUCACUCCAAGCAUUCCUUGUCUUCGGUACAAGACCUGCAAGCUGUGGUGAUUUCCCAAUGCAUUUCUAUUCGCUCCAACGGAAUGAUGGACAGCUUCAUGGUGCGCUACAAUCACUACUCGCAAAGUGUGAUUCGAAGCCAGUACUUGAUCUACUAUGUUUGCAGGGCCUGGGCACAGUCUCGCGUCUUUCUUUGUUUCGGCAUUCUGGCCGCUUACUUCGCUCUGGGUGGUUUGUACAGCGGUGUCUCCAUGGGCAUUUUAGCCACUUGUGUGAGCUUUGCCUUCUUCCAGAUGAGCCAGUUCGAGGGCCUAUGCAUGAUCUUCACUCACUUGCUGAAUGUCCUGAAUGCCCUCCAACGCUUAUCCAGAUACGUGGGCUUGCCGGAGGAGGCAGCAGAAGAUAUGCCCAAUGACUUCUCAGUGCUGAAGCGGGCCAAGAUACGUCGGGGGGAACUGGUGCCUCUGCAAAUGCGUGCCGAGGCAAAGUCUGGGGGAGAGACCAAGGACCCAUCCCCUCUCCAGGUGUGCAUCAGAGGUGGGAAACCUAUCCUCCGCCUCAGCGCGGAUGGAAAGCACUUGGAGUUUUUGGAGGGCUGCACCCCAGAGGAUUUGGCACCUGCUUGCAAGGCAUUGCAAGGCUUCACUGGGACCUUCCACAUCGUGGCCGUGAAUAGCUUGUCUGCCUCAGCGGAGCAGAUGGCAAGGGAACUGUGCACACCACCAGCUGUGGUCUGGCUGGACUUUUGGAGCAGUGACUUCAACGAAGGCCUUCGUGUGCAGAUUGAAGACCUCACCGCAGGAUAUGGCAAUGCGAAAAGUGUGCUGCAUGGGAUUAGCCUCAAUGUUGAGCCCCGAACGAAAUGCGCAUUUGUUGGGAAGACGGGUUGCGGCAAGUCCACGACUUUGCUGUGCCUCCUACGAUUCUUGGAACCUCGGCAGGGGAGGCUCCUGAUUGGAGGUCGUGACACCACGAAACUUGGACUCCGUGCUCUGCGAAACAUCGUGGGUCUGGUGCCACAGGAUCCCACAGUCUUUGAGGGCACCAUCCGUUUCAACAUCGACCCCUUCGACGAGUUCCCGGACGCGCGGCUCUGGGAGGCGGUGCAAUCGGUGCAGCUGAUGCCCUACAUCCGCACGCUGCCAGAUGGGAUUGACACCUACAUAGAGAGAGAUGGCUCCAACGUCAGCUUCGGGCAGAAGCAACUGCUAAGCCUUGCCCGCAUGGUGGUGCGCCAGCCUCCUGUGCUGCUCUUGGACGAGUGCACCUCAGCAUUGGAUCCCACCACCCAGGAAGCAGCGCAGAAGACCAUCCUGAAGGAUUUUCCCAGGACAACGACCAUAGCAGUAGCACACCGCUUGGAAACGAUCAUGAACUUCGACCAGGUGGUGGUUUUUGAUGAAGGACUGGUGAUUGAGAACGGCACGGUAGACGAAUUGCGGAAAGCCGAUGGAGCAUUUGCCGCCAUGUUGAGGGCAAAGGCGGCCGCAAGCGUGAGACCAUCCCAGCUGCCAAGCAGCUGAUGUGUUGGUUGGCAGUUGGUAGCGCUUCCAUUUUGAUCCAUGGUAAGGGAUUUUAACAUGUUUCAAUAUGAGUCUUGAUGUGUUUUGAAGUUGGCUUAGCAAUAUUUCAAUUUCUACCUCCAAAUGAUCCAAAUGGCUGUUGGAGGUAGUCCCUUCAAUGGUCAGAAUGAGGUUCCAUUCUGAGGCACAGCACUCGCCAGCCCUGUGAUUUUCACCACAAUUUGCUCAGUGCUGCACCUGCAGCAGGGAGAUGCAACCACGCAGCACGCUGG